CCUCACUCCGCCACUCGGCCCACUCUGGCCGCUCUCCUCCGAGCGAACCGACUCCGAGAGACGAAGCGGAUUUCCGGCGCCGGCGAAGAAAGAUAUGAUCAUUCCCGUGCGUUGCUUCACCUGUGGGAAGGUGAUUGGCAACAAGUGGGAUACGUAUCUCGAUCUUCUCCAGGCGGAUUACGCUGAGGGGGAUGCUCUGGAUGCUUUGGGUCUGGUUCGCUAUUGCUGCAGGCGAAUGCUCAUGACUCAUGUUGACCUCAUUGAGAAGUUACUGAAUUACAAUUCUCUUGAGAAAACAGACCCCAAUUAAGGUGAUAGCUGGUGGCAUGUGGAUUUUCCUGCUAUCAUGAUUCUCAUUGUGGUGGCAUGACAUCCAGUUUUACGUCUGGUGGAGAUAGUCCAGUUUGUAUUAUAUUUAUUACAAAAGUGGGUCCAUGAGACAGAAUUGAGAGUUGAAGUGAAUGUACUGUGCCAGCGGCAGUUUACAAACACUAAAGAUGUUGAAGAUACUGUGUUGAUGCUUGUUUGUUAAUCUAAUUAAGAGAUCCACUGUGUUGGUGAUGAAUAUA